AUGGAGCUGCAGUCGUUGAGUAUUGCAGUCGCUGCAGCUUGCAACCACUGGCAAACACGUUGCAAUUUUCUUCAGUUGAGUCAGGGAUCAAGGUACGGUGACGUUGAUAAACAGAGACCCAUCAUCUCUUACACUGUUCGACAUUUACUCAGUACAACUGAGAAAUCUACAUUACUAGAAUCAGAAAUGCCGGAGCAAUAUUAUAGGAUUCAGUCCUUAGAUCGAGCACUCCAAAUCCCAAGUGUUCACUACCUAUGGGAUAAAUCUGCUGAGGUGUACAGCCAUGUCAAGGGAGCAAAUACUGUGAUUCACCGAGCACUCGAUACUGUCGAAAAUGUUUUCAGUAUGGUUGUUGAAAAAACAGCACUGCCUGUUGCCCGGCUCAUGGAAAAGCCAAUAUUCACAUUGGAUCGGACAUUGUGCCAGGGCCUGGAUUAUGUUGAGAUUAAAUUGCCCAUCAUAAAAGAAGACCCGAAGCAAAUCCUGCACCGUACAAAGUUGGUUUUGUUGCAGCGGCUCAAGCCUGCACUUCAAACUUUACAGGAAUUGAAACAAGAGACUGAGCAAUAUAUGAGCGUUGUUAGGAUCUGCACUUCAUACAGGGUACAUUACUUGAGAUCGUAUAGCUGGCAGCAGGCUGACCGAGUAAUGUCCACAGAAACCGGAGUCACUAUACUUAGGACUGUCGACAAUACAACAGAACGUGCUGAAAUAUUGUUGGAUAAAUAUUUGCCUGCUCUAGAAGAGGAGAAUUGUUGUGAUUUCGAUAAUGAGUGCAGUGAGCAUGACAAUCUACAUCACACGAUGUUGAGACUGAGUGAAUUUAGCAGCAGAGCAUCUCGUCGCAUUUACAUUGCCCUGACAGAGAGAUUGCAGCAUAUGUACAAGAUUGAAAUAAUUGUGCUUAUAUUACACGCCCUUAUUGUUAUUCAGGUUGUGAAGGUACUUGAAAUUCUGCUUACUUGUUUUUUGCGAAGUCUUAACUACACCAUUUAAUUUUGUUAGAGAAUGGUUUUUAAUCUGUGAUAUAUAUCUACGUCUGUUUUUAUACGCGAAUUAAUAAGUUAUAAUCAUUCUGUAUAUACGUAAGCCAUCUUUGAUUUAUCGGUUAAUUGUACUAUACCUGUAACCGUCGCUUGAUAAAGAUCUGAGAAUGUUGAAUUUGUAAUAAAUGAAUAAGUAAAUAUAA